CUUCUUCUUCUUUAUUAUUUCAGUGAACAAGGGAGCACAUAUAACUCACCUUCCACUCGCCCUUUACAUAGCUAUCAUUUAUAUAUAUCCCUUUUAACAAAAAACAUUGGCCAACCAUGAUGCUAUUAUCAGAAAAGGCAACUAAUUUGUAUACAUCUAGUCUGCGAGGAAAUCGACGGCUUAUCGUCUUUAUCGUAGCCAUCAUAUCAUUCAUCACAUUAUCGUUCUUUACACUCUCCAAAGCAUCGUUCAGUUUAGGUGGUGGCGGCGGAUGUGGCAGAACGAUUCGAUCACUGAAUGAAGCUGUCGCCUUUUCAUCUUCUACAGGCAGCAGCAAUAGCAAUGGUUUUUUCUCCAUUCACAGGAGCGGCAGCAGUGCUGGGCAGGCUAAAUUUAUCAAUUUGAACGACUUGGAAGCGACAGCAAACGCAAAAGAAGAACAGCAGCAUGUGCUGAUCCUCACGCCUGUCAAGAACGCAGAGGCGUAUUUAGAGAGAUAUUUUGAAUUGGUGGAUCGACUUUCGUAUCCCAAAGAUCUGAUCACGAUGGCCUUUUUGGUGUCUGAUACCACCGACAAUACAGUCCAGAUCUUGAAAGACAAAGCCGAUGAAUUUCUGAACCGACCUAACCCUUCUGAACGCUAUCACGAGAUUGCCAUCUAUGAAAAAGACUUUAACUUUCAACUACCAGAGGAUAAAAGACACACGUUUGAAUUACAGCCUUUGAGAAGAUCCUUUAUGGCACGUUCCAGGAAUUACUUGCUCACAGCAGCGCUUCGUGAAUACCAUUCCUGGGUGCUUUGGUUGGACGUCGAUGUGGUAGAGUAUCCUGAAACGAUCGUGGAAGAUCUUCAAAGUGUCGAUGUCGACGUCGUGGUGCCGAAUUGUUUACUGCAAACAGAAGAUGGUUCUUUCUGGGCUUACGACAAGAAUAAUUGGCAGGAAACCGAACGAUCGAUCGAGCUGCAAAAGGAUCUGGAUCCUGACUAUGUGUUGCUCGAAGGCUAUUACGAAUUUUUAACCAACCGUUACCUGAUGGUCGAUAUGCCAACGCAUUUGGGAAGAUUUAAAAAAGUGCCUUUGGAUGGUGUAGGUGCUACUUUCACGUUGGUCAAAGCGCAAGUGCACCGAGAAGGCGCCAACUUUCCACCCUAUGUCUUUCAACAUCAAGUGGAAACGGAAGGCUUUGCCAAGAUGGCCAAGGCGAUGGGCUUUGGCGUCUAUGGUUUGCCUGGGUAUCUUAUUUACCAUAUCCGCAACUCUUAAUUGCCCUAUCCCGACAAUGGACACUUUGUCACUUUUUUAUGUAUUUACAAAAACAUCAUGCGCCAAACAUAGUCAUCCUCAGCACACACACACAUAUACACAGUUUUCUGUAUUAUUUUAUUUAUUUCUCUCUUAAUUGUUUUGUUUUUAUGUAUACACUCAUUGGUUAUACUUUAUACUACCAUUUAAUUUACCUUGCUACACAAAGUACACUAUCUACGCUUAAUUAUGUCACGCAACGCUACUUUUUUCAAACUAGAACGGCUUUGCUCAUUUGAAUGCAUUAAUAAAAACAAUGACUUACAUAUCCACUUGACAUUGGUUC